AUGGCUGCGUUACUGUCUCAGCUGUUGGAAGAAGGACCAAAAGAUACGAGUAAACCAGACCGAUUGGAUAUAGUCCCUGAGCCGGGCAUAUGCGUCAAGUUAAAAUGCGAAUCCGGUAGCAAGGUCUUCGCUAAUAUAUGCACCUCUGAUAAAGUUCCGACUCCAGAAGAAAUUACGGAGGAAGCAUUGGUAACAAUGCUCGAAAGUAAGGAAGCACCACCCUAUCGUGUUCCUUUGAGCAUUGGCGAGGCUCAUUGCGAACUUGAUAAUGCUGGCAAUCCUUGUUCGGCCUAUGAUGUGGUCAUACAUCCAACAUUUUUGGGGAAGAUUAGAUCUUCUCAAGUUUUUAUGGGUUUCUUGAUCACUGCCGUAAUUGAAUCUCUUGAGUCAAAGUUCCAGCUGUCGCUAUGCCGAGAUUGGGUUGUCUUGAAGAACAAGAAGUGUAUGGGUGCACUGCAAAAACAGUUUAUCCGAACCAAGCUCCGUCCCGCAAUAAUUGAACUAGGUUCGUCGGGCGGUACUUCGGGUACUAGUGCCGAGAUAAAGGAAGGACCGAUGAAGCCAAAAUCAACUAUUCCAGAUGUUAAAAUGUUCGGCGUGCCGGACACGGAUAAUCCGGAAUUUAUAAUAGCAGAAUUGAAGUUGCCUGAGCUGUCAAAUUCGCGUGGCAUUAAACUGGAGGUUGGAAAGAAAGUGCUUGUCUUGCAAACACGCAGUCAUACUUACGGGAUGGCAGCCGAGCUCAGUUUUCCUGUUGAUCAGGCCGGUACCCGAGCAGAAUUUAAUUUGGAAAGAAAGAUUUUGACGGUGACAAUGCCUGUGCUCCAAUCAGCAGCUACUUAG